CACACACCUCCUUCUCUGGAAGUCAGUUGUGAAAAAGUUUAAGGUUGAACGUCCGCUUUCUGGUGUUCCUGUUGUGGCAUAGCGUCCCGCUUUCCCAACGUCUUUUUUAGUUUUACUUGAAGCGGCUUAAAUACUCCUGACUUUUUUUAUUGAUAUUAUAAUAUGGCACAAAAUAUUGAUCCAGUCAACGCGUCCAACAACAGUAUUGCAAUGAAAGAUGGGGACGGGCCUACUUCGGCCACAAAACACCAGUCAACCAGCAAACGAUUGCAACAAGAGCUUCUUACUCUCAUGAUGUCGGGUGACAAAGGAAUCUCAGCUUUCCCCAACGGAGAUGAUGUUUUUUCAUGGAUUGGGACAAUCAUUGGUCCUCAAGGAACGGUUUAUGAAGGAUUGGUAUACAAACUCAGCCUAACUUUCCCAAAUGGCUACCCUUUCACUGCUCCAACAGUCAAGUUUGUCACUCCGUGUUUCCACCCCAAUGUGGAUACAUAUGGCAACAUCUGCCUGGAUAUACUCAAGGACAAAUGGUCUGCUCUGUAUGAUGUCAGAACAAUCCUUCUGUCUAUACAAAGCCUACUUGGAGAUCCAAACAAUGAUAGUCCACUGAAUGGUCAAGCAGCACAGCUAUGGUCUGAUCAAGUUGCCUACAAGAAAUUGUUGCUUGAAAAAUUUCAAGAUACCAAAUCCUGAACCUCUGGUUUUGUACCACCAUUGUUCCAUAGCUAUAAUCCAAUGUCUGUUCUUCCAAUGUUAACAGAAAUUCUUAGUUUCCUAAUUUCUAUUUUUUAAAUGUGCUGUAAUGGUGCCUAUUCUGAAAAAAAAAAAACAGAAAAUAAAUGAAGCAAUUUGCAUUCCA